GAGAGAGAGAGAGAGAGAGAGAGAGACAGGAAGAAGAAGAAGAAGAAGAAGAAAGAAUCAGCAGAAGAGGCAGAAGCAAAAAAACAUGGACGAACAAGUUGGUUCAGAGGUUGACAGGGGAAUUAAUAACAGGGAGGUGUUGAGCAUCGUAGUUGUGUUUUUGGGAAUGUUAGGGGCUUUCUUUGUCUUCUCUAAUUAUUCAUUGCCCACAUUUAAUUAUUUGGUGCCUCAAGAACAAGUCCUUUCCAUAAACACUACUACAAUAACUAAUACUACUGCUACCACUACUAAUACUACUACUACUGAUUCUCUUGAGGGCAUGAUCAAAAAGAGUGAAUUAGACAUAAUCCUAGAAAAAGCAUCAACAGAGGACAAAACAGUGAUAUUCACAAAUCUAAAUGAUGCGUGGGCAGAGCCAAAUUCAAUAUUCGAUGUGUUUCUCGAGAGUUUUCGAAUAGGAAACAACACACAGAAGCUGUUGAAUCAUUUAGUAGUGAUCUGUUUGGAUGAAAAGGCUUAUAAUCGCUGCUUGGCUUCACAUACUCAUUGCUAUCGCCUCCGUAUUGAAGGAUUCAACUUUACUAGUGAUGCAUUUUUUAUGACUCCUCACUACUUAGAAAUCGUUUGGAGAAAGAUUGAGUUCUUGGCUACUGUCCUUGAGAAGGGGUUCAGUUUUGUAUUCACUGAUACUGAUAUAAUGUGGCUAGGAGAUCCAUUUUCACAGUUUGAUCCAGACGCAGAUAUUCAAACUUCAUGUGACAUGUUCUUUGGAAAUUCAUCUAGUAUAAAUAAUCUGCCAAACACAGGAUUUAAUUAUGCAAAAUCCAAUAACCGAACAAUUCAAUUUUACAAGUUUUGGUACAACUCCAGAGAGACAUAUCCAAAUCUUCAUGACCAAGAUGCGUUUAAAAAGAUUAUAAAUGAUUCAUUUAUCAACGAGAUUGGACUAAAACUUGGAUUUCUCAAUACUGCUUACUUUGGUGGGUUCUGUCAGCCUAGCAGAGAUCUUCGCCUAGUUCGUACAAUGCAUGCAAAUUGUUGUGUUGGUCUACAAAGAAAAAUUAAUGAUCUUCAUAUUUUGCUCGAUGAUUGGAGAAAGUUUAUGUCUUUGGAUCCAAGCAUGCAACAAAAUGCUUCAUGGAGCAUUCCACAAUAUUGCAGGUACACAUGCAUUUUUCUUUUUAUGUUUAUACAACAUUGCAGCCACAAAUUAAAAAAAUUUAAAAAACAAGAAGUCAGUUUUGAUUUAUUUAUGUUCUUAGUUUAAUGACUUUUUGUGUCCUUUUCAAUGCAUGGUCAUUAAUCUUGUCAUGCUGAACCUACAAACUUCUAUCACAAUUCAAGGAACAAGAAUUCUUCAAAGGGAAACAAGAGAUGAUAGUAAAUACACUUCUUCGCCAAAGUGGAACCUUUGGAUACAAUUAUGUUCUCAAUUGAGUGAAAAAUAUAUAUUAUAUAUACAUUUAUAUUUUUUUUGAGAAAAAAUUAUUGGUAAAUAUUUAUUCAUUGUGUGUAAUAGUUUAUCUGCAAUAUGUAAAAACUUACAUAUGGUAAAGUAUAAGAUGAUCAGCCAAAAUCAGUAACCUGCCUCGAUUAGUUGCACUACAGUCCCAGUGACAGAAGGAAGAUACCCGUUUGUUCAUCCUCUUCUUCAACAGAAGUCCUCACAGUUGCAUAUUCAAUCUGUGAAACCAAAGCUAGCAGUAGCAGAGACGGAAAUUUGUUGAUGAACAUCAUAAACUGGACAAAAUUCAAACUACCUACAGAUAGCAGAGCUUCCUAUAUGUUAUUAUUAUUAUUAUUCUUUUCCACAAAAUGUUAAAAUUUAGUCCUUGUAGAUUCAUAAAAUGACACAAAACAUCAUAUAUUUGGGGAGUACAAAGUUUUUCACAU